ACGUAGGGCGCACUUGUUGCGCAUGGUGACGCACCCACGUACUGUUCACGAAAAAAAACAAGAUGGCAACUGGGCCAGAGUACGGGCUAAAGAAAGUAGUUUGGCAAAGAAUAAAAGAGACAAUAAUCGCAGACUGCAGAAAAUCUGAAAUAUGGAAGAUAAUGAUACUGGACCCCUUUACCACCAAAAUCUUGUCAUCAUGUUGCCGAAUGUCAGAUCUUGCGAUGGACGGGUUUACCAUUGUCGAAGACCUCUUCAAAAUCAGAGAGCCUGUUCCUGAAAUGAAGGCAGUAUACUUCAUCAGCCCAAAUGCCAAGUGUGUUGAGGCCCUUAUCGGUGACUUCAAGGUCAAACCCAAGUACAAAGCAGCAUAUGUUUAUUUCACUGACUACUGCCCAGAUGCAUUAUUCAAUGAAAUGAAGCAGCAUUGUGCAAAGUAUAUCCGUGUUUGUAAGGAAAUAAACAUUUCCUUUUUGCCUUUAGAGUCUCAAGUGUUCACCUGUGACAAUGCAGAUGCCUUCAGAAGCAUUUACAGUUCCCAUAGUCGAGACAAAGACGAAACGCUGCAGAAAUUAGCAGAUCAGAUUGUCACACUUUGCGCAACUUUGGAGGAAAACCCUGGAGUCAGAUACAAGAAGGAGACAACAUUAGGGAUUUCAAAAAAGCUUGCUGAACUGGUAGACAAGAAACUCGCCCAACACUAUGAAUUGGAUGAAAAGUUGAACAAAAAGGGAAAGACUCAGGCACAGCUUCUCAUUGUUGAGAGAGGAUUCGACCCUGUGAGCCCAAUCUUGCAUGAACUGACAUACCAGGCCAUGGCCUACGACCUCAUCCCCAUCCAGAAUGACAUCUACAAAUUCAAGUCGAAAGGGGCAGAGAAGGAGGCCCAGCUGAAUGAGAGCGAUGAGCUGUGGAUCAGGCUUCGGCACAUGCACAUCGCAGAGGUGUCAGAACAGAUCCCAAAGCUGGUUAAAGAAAUCUCUGCAAGCAAGAAACAACAGCCUGAUGGAAAGAUUACGAUAAGCGGUUUGACCCAGCUCAUGAAGAAGAUGCCUUCCUUCCGGAAGCAGCUUUCAGAGAAAACGGUACAUCUGAAUUUAGCUGAGGAAUGCCUGGAGCACUUUCAGAAGGAUGUGCAGAAACUGUGCAAAGUAGAGCAGGAUCUUGCAGUGGGCAAUGACGUUGAAGGGCAGAAGGUGAAGGACCCGAUGAGGACGCUGCUUCCCGUGCUGCUACCCCCCUCCCCCAACGAUGACAAGAAAAUCUCCGCCCAUAACAGGAUCCGAGCUGUGCUGCUCUACAUAUUCAGCCUUAACGGCACAACUGAGGAGAACCUGAGUAAACUGAUUCAGCACGGGAAGAUCGAGGACCAAAAGGAAUACAUUCUGAAUUGGAAGGAGCUUGGAGUCCCCAUCAUUUCCUCUCCUAGCUUAUUCUCAUUCCGUAAGACGUCACGGAGGGACCACUCCCAAGAAGAGACGUAUAAUCUCUCUCGAUGGACACCCGUCAUUAAAGAUGUGAUGGAGGACGCUGUGGAGAAUAAGUUGGACAGCAAGGAGUGGCCACAUCUGUCUGAGUGUCCAGCAGCAUGGAACGGGUCUGGAGCUGUGAGUGCUCGUCAGAAACACAAAGCCACCCAGGAAGAGCGCAGGAGCGGGGCCAGGCUCAUCGUCUUUGUCAUCGGAGGCAUCAGCUACUCUGAGAUGCGCUGCGCAUACGAAGUGACAAAAGCGGUGAAAUCCUGCGAGGUCAUCAUCGGCUCCUCCCACAUUGUGACCCCCAUCAGACUGCUGGAUGACGUCCAGUCCCUGAGCAAGACCCCCAUGCAGAGCUUCACUAUUACGGAAGAGUCGAGUCCGAUGCCGACCUUCACAACUGAGAAUGAGUCCACUGCGUGAGUGCGUGGAGCACUAAAUACUGAGAAGGAAGACUGAAGGGAAUUUAUUUCAUCAUUAUACUUUAUAAAACCGCUUUUAAUAUAACACUUCUAUAAGUUCAGUUACUACAAAAACCUGUCCAAUUCAUUUUUGUUUAUGAUAUUCCAGGUUUGAAAAUCGUAAGGGUUGCUGGACUUUUUGAGACCUUGUGCAUUACUAGUGUAUAUAUUUAAACAUUAUCUCCUUUUCACAAAGCUUUUCGACAAUUACGUGUCUACUAAGAGUAUUUUGAACAUAGGGGUUGCUAAUGCUGGCUAACAGAAAUAAAUGGAUGAUGUGCUUUGAUUAAGAUUGAUACAGUCAUAAAUAUUGUGUAGUUAUGCUGUAUUGAAAGAGCAUGGACAAGGAUAUGCAUAAACAUUCAAUUAAAUGUGAUGGAAUAAAGGGUAUACAGUUUG